AUGCUCUUUGAUCACUGCCAUUGGUCAAUUCAGUCCCAUUGGAUGGGUCUGGUGAGCAGCCUGUUGGCUGUUCCCUUCACUGGGCAGUUUGGCACUGGACAUAAUGUCUAUGCAGCCAUUCUUGAGCUGAUCAUUGGUCCCCUUCAAGACUUUCAAGACCAGGAGGUUCAACUUGGCCUGAAGACUGUCCUUGCACUUACCAAUCAGUUGCUGGGCGCUGCCCUACAUCAACUGGCUUUCUACAUCAUCACACUCCUUGACCUCCCAAUGAGUCUUCCACCAUGUUCCAAAACCAUGUGGGCACUUGAAUGCUUGAGACAAUGCACACUUGGUGAGCUUGCUACUGAGAACCUUGGCAUGUGUGGUGGUGGAGCAGGUGCCCAGUUGCUCACUGUGGGCUUUAAUGCCAGCCCCAGUAGUGCAUGGAUGUAUUCAUUGCUUAACAUGUUUUCAUGGCACCAAGCUGGCACAGGACAGUCACAUGAAAUACAAACGAUUUUCCAUCACCUUUCUUCCAUCUCUCAGAUGCCCCUCCACCCAUACUUUGUUUUUGAUGGGCUGGACUGCCCUCAGCUCAAGAGGGGAAAAGACAUUGUGCACCCAUGCUAUCCACCCCUCCUUGUGCAGUGCUUUCAAGAGCUGUUGAUGGCAUUUGGUUUCAGCUGGCACACACCUCCAGGGGAGGCAGAGACAGAACUUGCCUGCCUCCAGUCAUGCACCCUUGUUGAUGUCAUGGUGACACUGUACAACAAUGUGCUGCUGUUUGGUGUGACUUGCAUCAUUCACAGUGGCAUCCCACCAUCUGGCAAGUAUGAAGGCAUGCAACUCUAUUCAUCUGACACCUUACAAAAUUGCACUGGCCUCAAGUGGGGUGACCUCCUCCUUGUUAUGCUGAUGAGUAGUGUAGAUAGUGAGGUUGCCAGUGGUGCAGCACAGACAUUGCCCAUUGAUUGGUGGUGUGACAACAUCUGUGAGGUACUACAAAUGGAUCCUCAACACCUCCUUGGACAUAGGCACCAUGAGCUUGCCUGUAUCAUUGUGGAGGAAUGCAUUGAGUUCCCUGACCCUGCAAUCUUAGCAAUGUAUCUGUUACCUCUUACCUCAUGGUCAGAGGGUUGCCAUCCCCCCAUUGCCAUUGUGAGGUCUUGUCAGCCUGAUCUUGCAUCACUGGCAGAGUUCUGUUCACAGCACCUUGGCUGGUCACCAGAUACCAUCUGGUCCAGAUUGAUGGGUGCUCAUGCCAGCACAGCCAUGCAUGCACUUCUGCAGCUGCCAGGGAAUGUUGAUAGUGAGUGGCUGCAACACAACCUUUGGGUCCUGAGCCAUUCUGACAAGUCAUACAAGCUCUCUGUGCCAAGUUUGCCACUUGAAACACCAGUGGACACAGAUCCAUUGCCUGCAUAUGAGAUAGAGAUGCCAGCAGUCAUGUUAGAAUACUCAAGACCCAAUCUGGUGGAGUCAACAGUUAGCCUUCCUCAUGAAACUGGAGUUAUUGACCUGGUAGGUGGUGCAGAUGCACCACAUCUCAAAGCUGGAGUCAUUGGUCUCAUGGAUGACGACUAG